GGGAGCCGACAGCUCCCGAGCGGCCCGGGGGCUGCGCCGUGGGACCGGGCCCGGACGACCUCUGCGUGCGCCCCGGCAGCGCCGCGGGACGGGCACGGACACAGCCCGGGGCCGUGAUUAUCAACUCGGGGCCGGACAAUUAAAAUGCAGCGCUGGGGUAUGGCCGUCAAUGUGUACUCGACGUCGGUGACCAGCGAGAACCUGAGUCGCCAUGACAUGCUGGCCUGGGUCAACGACUCCCUGCAGCUCAACUACACCAAGAUCGAGCAGCUCUGCUCAGGGGCUGCCUAUUGCCAGUUCAUGGACAUGCUGUUCCCCGGCUGCGUGCACCUGCGGAAGGUGAAAUUCCAGGCCAAGCUGGAGCACGAGUACAUCCACAACUUCAAGGUGCUGCAGGCCGCCUUCAAGAAGAUGGGAGUGGACAAAAUCAUCGCCGUGGAGCGGCUGGUGAAGGGCAAGUUCCAGGACAACUUUGAGUUCAUCCAGUGGUUCAAGAAGUUCUUUGACGCCAACUACGACGGGAAGGAGUACAACCCGCUGCUGGCGCGGCAGGGCCAGGACGUCGCGCCGCCCCCUAACCCAGGUGAUCACAUCUACAACAAAUCCAAGAAACCCAUUGGCACUGCAGUCCCCCAGAGAACCUCCCCCACCGGCCCCAAGAAUACCCCAAACCCAGCCCGCCUCGGCAACGUGCCCAGCGGCAUCCUUCGGAAAAACUCGCCUGCCACCCGCAACGGCGGCACCGAGGCCGACGCGCAGAUCCUGGAGCUCAACCAGCAGCUGAUGGACCUGAAGCUGACGGUGGAUGGGCUGGAGAAGGAGCGGGAUUUCUACUUCAGCAAACUGCGGGAUAUCGAGCUCAUCUGCCAGGAGCAUGAGAAUGAGAACAGCCCCAUCAUCACUGGCAUUGUCAGUGUCCUCUACGCCACGGAGGAGGGCUUCGCUCCACCAGAGGAUGACGAGCUGGAGGAGCAGCCGCCAGAGGACCAGGACGAGUACUAGCCCCGGCCCGCGCCCGCGCCCCCCGCGCCGCCCCCCACCAUAGACAUUCGAGGUCCGAGCCCGCGCCUCGCCCUGCACUGUCACACGCCAUCGCGGUCUCCGGCAGCUCCGGGGGGAACCCCCCCUUUCCAUAACCAGCUGACGUCCCCCGGGCGAGCAGCGCGGUCGCGCCGGGGCCGGGGCUGGGGCCGGGCUCUGGCCCCGCGCUGGGGCCCAGCCCGCACCACUCCCUCCCCCUAUUUAUUUCCGUCGUCCCCCCGGUGUGAGCGAGGGCCGCGGCUGCCCUGGCGUCGCGCCCGCCCGUGGUGGGAGCGAGAGGGAACACCAAGUCCUUGGGGGCUGGCCUGGGGUGCCACGUGCUGCCUGCCCUGCCAGGACCCCCACGGCCCCGGGAUCCCCGCGGCAGGGUGGGUGUGCCCAGCAGCCUGCGGGAGCGGGAGGCCGUGGUGUGGAGGAGGGAGGGGUUGCUUCAGGUUCCCAGGAAGAUGAAAAGGAGACCCCAGCCCUGUGCAGCCGUGGCAGUGGGGGCCACCUACCCCCACGGGGGUCCUAGAGCGGGAGCCUGUCCCUGCUAGGGGGUGGGGACAGCGGUUGCCCUCUCCCCUCGCCUGUGGCGCCUCGGAGCCGGGGUCCGGAGUGGGUGACCACGAGGACUUGCAGCACCCGCCCGCCCCGGCCGCCGUGUUCCUGUCGCAUCGCUUGUCUGGUCCAUCACUCCGGUCGCAACGCUGCAUCUGUGUUCAGUUUUAUUUAAAUAAACUCGUGUGGUAACACUG